ACUCCUUCUUCCACGCACCCACCCACUCCAUCCCUCCCGCCAACGUCGCCAAAAUGGGUGGCGAUCUCAAUCUCAAGAAAUCAUGGCAUCCCAACUUGAUGUCCAACCAGAAGCGGGUGUACGAAGAAGAAAAGAAGGCUUUGGAUGAGCGGAAAAAGAUCGACCAGGUGCUGAAGGAGCGCGAAGAGGAGCGCAAGAUCCUCGAAUUGCAGCGCUUGCAGGAGGCGUCUGGAGGGGCAAAGGUGGUGGAUAAGGUGCACUGGAUGUACAAUGACUCGCGCGCCGGUGGACUUGGAGGCGCCGGCGGCGUGAGCGAGGAGAUGGAGGGCUAUCUGCUCGGCAAGCGCAGGCUGGGCGGCUUGGUCAAGAGAAGCGAGACGGAGAGUCUGAAGAAGGAUGCUGGAGGGAACGCUGGGGAGCAAGGGUUUAUGGCGCUCAAUGGCAAUGCCAAUACCGCGCGGGAUACCAUGGCAAAGGUAGCGAACGAUCCCAUGUUGGCGAUCAAGAAGCAAGAGCAGGCCGCGUAUGAGGCGAUGAUGAACGAUCCCGCCAAGAGACGCCUGUUGAUGCAAGCUGCGGGAAAGACGGAGGAUGACGGAAAGGAUAAGGAGAAGGAGGGCAAGCACAGGCAUCGCCAUCGACAUCGACACCGAGAUGAGGAUGGACACCGGAGUAAGCGAAGGAGGUACAGCGACGAAGGUGAAGAACGGCGCUCGAGAAGCCACCGGUCACAUAGACAUCGACGCCGAUCGCCGUCACCCUCCGACUCCAGAUCCCGCUCACGCACACCUCCCCGAAGAAGGUAUGAGGAUGCGGGACGCAGUCGCGACGAACGAAAGUCUCGCUCACGCCGCGAGCGCGAUUAUACCCCAUCACGGUCUCGUUCGCGAUCGCCGCCGCGAAGACGAGACGACGAUGAGCGCAAAGAUCGCCGGCGGUCGUAUCCCAGCCCGCGGAGAUCAGGAUCGUCAGACUCGCGCUCACCCUAUCGACGGAAGAAAGACGAUGACUACGAUGACAAGCGCCGCCCAUCCCACCGCAAAUCUUACACCUCCCCUCCGAAGGACAACGAUAAAGCCGCGACGGAUGCCGACGCCGAGCGUGCCGCUAGACUUGCGGCCAUGCAGUCCAACGCGUCCGAGCUGGAAAGUGAUCGCAAAGCUCGAUUGGCCGAGAUCGAGGCGCGCGAAGCGAAGCAACGUGAGGAAGAGGAUAAGAAGCGGUCAGAGACUGGCAGAUUCAUGAGCGGCGUGCGCAAGAAUGCCGAGGGAGUGGACAUGGGGAGGCGACUGCAAGGCCGCGGGGGAAGGAUGGAGGAAGAUUGAAGUGGUGCACGUAUGCGCGAGACGAUUGCUGUCUAUAUCAUGUAUUCGAACAAGAU